UCUUUCGUAAACCCUAACUCAAACCUCUCACUUCGUGGGGUUCCUGGAGAGAGGAGGGGGAGAGAGGGAGAGAGGGGGGAUGGGGAAGGAGAAGAAGAGGAAGGGCUCGUGCGAAGCGGAAGCGGAAGCGGUAGCAGAGCGUGGAGGAGGAGAGGAGAAGAGGAAGAAGAGCCGUACGGCCCCCUCCGAGAUAAAGAACAAGGAGAAGCGGAGCGCCGUGCACGCGAAGCUCAAGCGCGAGAAGAAGAUCCUGAAGCGGAAGCAGGCCAAGGCCCGCGAUGCCGCCUACAAGAAGGCCAUCGAACUCGGCGAAGAGCCUCCGGAGAAGAAGGUGCCCCGCACGAUCGAGAACACAAGGGAGCCCGACGAGACCGUGUGCCGACCCGACGAUGAAGAGUUGUUUGCUGGCAACGAUGCUGAUGAAUUUAGUGCAGUUUUAAAUUGUGGAGUCACUCCAAAGAUAUUGAUCACCACUUGCCGUUUUCAUUCUUCUAGAGGUCUUGCCUUCAUUGAAGAGCUGAAAUCAGUGAUCCCUAAUGCCCAUGACUAUGCCAGAGGAACAUAUGACCUGAAAAAGAUUGUGGAAUAUGCAAAGAGAAAGGACUUUACGGCCAUUAUAAAUGUCCAUACAAAUCGAAGAGAACCAGAUGGAUUGUAUAUCAUUAAGUUACCAGAUGGACCAACUGCACAUUUCAAACUGUCUAAUCUUGUCCUGCGCAAGGAUAUCAAGAAUCAUGGAAAUCCUACAAGUCAUAAGCCUGAGUUAGUGUUAAACAACUUCACGACACGCCUUGGCAAUCGAAUUGGAAGGUUAAUACAGUCACUUUUUCCUCAAGAACCUGAUUUCCGUGGUCGUCGAGUUGUUACCUUUCAUAACCAGCGAGAUUUCAUAUUUUUCCGGCAUCAUAGAUACAUCUUUGACGCCAAAGAGAAAAAGGAGGACUCAAAAGGUAAAGCUACCCAGGCUGCUAAAGGCAAGAAUUUACCUGAAAAGAAAGUGAUUGCUCGGCUUCAGAGAGUGGAAGAGAUGAAAUAUAGCAUGUAUUGCUGCAUGCUUGCAACUCUGACGACAAGCACUCCUGAAAAGGAGUGUGGUCCUCGAUUUACAUUGAAGUUAAUCAGUUUGCAGCAUGGAACAUUUGAUACAAAAGGUGGAGAACAUGAAUGGGUCCAUAAGCCUGAGAUGGAUACAAGCAGGAGGAGAUUUUUCUUGUAGCUUGGAGGUUUUGCUGGAGUCUUGCGGAAAUAUUCUUUUGGUAAAGGCUGUCGUGGAAGAGUAUUUAUAACUUGCGGCUGGUCGUAUCUUGCCACAUUUAUAUAGCGCCCUUUUUUUUUAAUUUUUUUUUUUUUUUUUUAAUAACAAUCUGUUGUUUAGAAAAUCUUUUCUAUGUUCAGAAUUUCUUUUUGGGCCUUUCCUGGUGGGAAUUUUGACUGUGAUCCUGCUUUUGUGGCGCAAAUCUGACAAAUUUGAUGCACCCACCUUAUAUAUUAUCAUCUAACAAAUUCAUACUUAAUGUAACUUCAGUAGCAGGUGGGGAGGAGCUAGCAUUUUUAUCCCGACAAAAGGUUGUUAGCAGUGCGAUGUUAGCGAUAUCCACUUUUGUUCUUCGAUGAUGACCUGUAUGCUGUAUUUUCCGAAAACUUAACCCUAUUUGCAAGAUCUGUGCUUAUCAUGCAUUUUGUGAGAA